AUGAAUCACCACGAGGAGGCUGGAAUCUCUCCUGAUGAGACUUCCAGCAUUUCCGACCCCUUCGAGCGCCGUCGCCUGGCUCUCGCCCGUAUUGAUGAUGCUCCCUUCGGCUGGCACCACGUCCGCGCCGUCGUCGUUGCUGGCGUUGGUUUCUUCACUGACUCCUACGAUAUCUUUGCAAUUAACCUGGCCGUUUCCAUGCUCGGUGUUGUUUACUGGCAAGAUGCGAAAACUGGCACCGGCAAGCUCCCCUCGUCUUCCGACACCGCCAUCAAGGUUGCAACCUCCGGCGGCACUGUCAUCGGCCAGCUCUUCUUUGGUUGGCUUGCGGACCGCAUUGGACGCAAGCGUAUGUACGGAAUCGAGCUCAUGAUCAUCAUCCUGGCCACUCUUGCCCAGGCGCUUUCCUCUGCCUCUCGCGCUAUCUCCAUCACCGGUCUCCUCAUCUUCUGGCGGGUCAUCAUGGGCAUCGGUAUCGGCGGCGACUACCCACUGUCUUCGAUCAUUACUUCCGAGUUCGCAACCACAAAGUGGCGUGGUGCCAUGAUGGGUGCCGUGUUCGCCAUGCAGGGUAUUGGCCAGUUUACCGCUGCCAUAAUAGCUCUCAUCGUGACUGCAGGCUUCCGCAAGUCUUUGGAGUCUUUCAAGGAUGUCGGCCACUGCACCGGGGCCUGCCAGCUUGCAGUGGACAAGAUGUGGCGUGUGGUGAUCGGCUUCGGAGCAGUGCCUGCUUGUGCUGCUCUUUACUACCGAUUGACCAUCCCAGAGACCCCUCGUUACACCUUUGAUGUGAACCGAGACAUUGUCAAGGCCGACGAGGACAUCCGCGCCUACAUCAAGGGCCACCCCGAAGGCCACCCAGAUGAUAUGCAGUGCAUCAUGGUCCUUCGUAACGAGAGCAUCGAGUACCUGGCCCCCAAGGCCAGCAUGGCCGACUUCUGGAACCACUAUGGCAACUGGAAGAAUGGCAAGGUCCUCCUUGGGACUGCUGGUUCCUGGUUCUUCCUUGAUGUUGCUUUCUACGGUCUGGGUCUCAAUAACUCAAUUAUCCUCAGUGCUAUCGGCUGGACUGGGGGAAAGAACGUCUACGAAACUUUCUACCGCAACGCCGUUGGAAACUUUAUCCUGGUCUGCGCGGGUGCCAUCCCUGGGUACUGGGUCACUGUAGCCACAGUCGAUACCAUCGGGCGCAAGCCAAUCCAACUGGCCGGCUUUAUCCUCUUGACAAUCUUGUUCAUCAUCAUCGGUUUUGCUUUCGAGCCCCUCAAACAUUCGGACAACGGUCUGCUGGCAAUGUACAUUCUUGCGCAAUUCUUCAAUUUCGGACCCAACGCUACUACCUUCAUCGUCCCUGGCGAGUGCUUCCCAACUCGGUACCGUUCUACGUCGCACGGUAUCAGCGCAGCGUCUGGAAAGAUCGGCGCCAUCAUUGCACAGUGCGUGUUUGGUCCUUUGGUCCACCGCGGUGGAAAAAAGGAUGGCUCCGACUCUCCUUGGUUGAACCAUGUCAUGCAGAUCUUCGCUCUGUUUAUGUUCUGCGGAAUUUUCACCACCCUGUUGAUCCCAGAGACCAAGCGAAAAUCUCUGGAGGAGCUCAGCGGCGAGGAUUACUACAACAAUUCCGCCUUCGAAAUGACCAAUACCGACCCCGACAAACUCGGCGAGUCUGGUGGCCCCAAGAAUCCCACCAUGACCACCGUCCAGGGAAACGGGAACGGCAACUGA